AUGGCGGUGCCGACAGAAUUCAGUGGCGUUGUUCUAUCCCUUGAAAAUACUAUUUAUCCAGAUGAAAAACUACAAGAAACACCAUCGCAAUUAGACGGAUUAAGUAAGGAAAUGGAAACAAACUUACGAAUUGCAGGUUGUGAAUAUAUUCAAGCUGCAGGAAUCUUAUUAAAAUUACCUCAGGUGGCAAUGGCAACUGCACAAGUACUUUAUCAACGCUAUUAUUAUUCCAAGUCUUUUGUCAAAUACAAUUAUGAGAUAUGUGCCAUGGCAUGCAUCUUCUUGGCUGCAAAAAUUGAAGAGCAUCCACGUCGUAUUCGAGAUGUUGUCAACGUUUUCUAUCAUAUAAGACGGAAACUGAAUGAAUUGCCUAAUAAGGUAAUGGACUAUAUGAGUAACGAAUAUUUCCACAAAAAAAGUGAGGUUAUUAAAGCAGAGCGACGAGUAUUAAAGGAGUUGGGUUUCUGUGUCCAUGUCAAACAUCCUCAUAAAUGUAUUGUCACUUACUUGAAAAUAUUAGAAUGUAACGAUAAUACUGAAUUGAUCCAAAAAGCUUGGAAUUACAUGAAUGAUAGCCUGAGGACAGACGUAUUUAUGCGAUAUACACCGGAAACUAUAGCCUGUGCAUGUAUCUACUUGAGUGCCAGACAGCUUGGGAUUGGCUUACCCAGCAAUCCUCCUUGGUAUGAGGUUUUCGAUGCAACAACAAAAGAGAUGGAGGUAUAUUUGCUCAUAGUUUCCGUAAUUGAUAGCGUUGACAUGUUAAUAUACCAAGUCAAAUAUGUAGUAGACAUAAUUGCUUCCUAA